AUGCCAACUGGUACACUUGAAGUUAUUGUUGUCGAAGGACGGCAUCUUAAAGAUCGAGAUCUUGUGGGUGAAAAUGAUACUUAUGUGGAAAUCUAUUUAGAUAAAAAAUAUAAACAACGUAUAACAACUAUUUCGAAUUCAAAUAAUACUGUAUGGAAUCAAUGUUUUACAUUUAAUCUUCAAAAAGGUGAUGAUACAAUUCAUUUUGAUAUUUAUGAUGCUGAUGUUAUUGGUCGAGAUUCAAUUGGAAAUUGUAAAGUUAAAUUGAAACAUGUUUUCGAUGAUGGGUGUGGGUGUGGGUGUGGGUGUACGUGUAGGUGUAGGUGUAGGU